AUGUCGCAGCCACCCUUCUUCGUUCUUGCAGAGGGGAAGAGGGAUAAGUUCUCUUCUCACGAUACAUCACGGGCGGGCUAUCACCACCAGGAUCUAGCUGCUUUCUCAAGAGAUGUAAACAAUGCUGCGAGGAGAGCGUUUCCGAACCGCGGAAGAUCGCGAUAUGGAACUGUAAAUAUCUGUCUCAUACGUUGGGAAGACGACGAACUUGGGGUCCAAAAUGAAGUCAGUGCUCUCGACAAUGUCCUUCAAAGCUACGGUUUCCAAACCAAUAUUUUCCUCAUUCCUGGCACAAACUCCCACUGGGAUUUGAUGAGGAAGAUGAUUGAUUUUAUUCAAGCUUAUGACAACGACCAGAAUCUGUUUGUCCUGUAUUAUGCUGGGCAUGGUAGAAUGAACAGCGCUCGGCAGGCUGAAUGGGUCUUCAGACAGAAUCCAGAUUCUCCAUUCGUAGACUGGUCUGCCAUCCAAGGACUAUUCGGAACAGCCAAGUCGGAUGUGCUUAUACUUUUGGAUACAUGUGCUGCAGCGAGUUCAGCAACAACAUCUCAAUUUGCCGUGAUGGAGACAAUUGCUGCUUGUGGAUUCGAGAGACGAGCUCCGCCACCUGGAGAACAUUCCAUGACGAAUACUCUCGUCGAUGUACUUCGCGAUUGGAACAACAAGCCGUCGUUCUCGGCCGCAUCUUUACAUACCGAGAUCCUCUUCCGACUUAAGCUUAAAGAAGCCAAGAAAGGUCGUGAGGGUGUACCACUAGAAUGGUGUGUCACGCCCAUACAUUGGAUCAACACGAAAGACUGCAAGGCAUCUGGAAUUGAGUUAUGUAGAAGGACCAAAUUACCGUUAAUAUCUGACGCAUGUUCUACUGCAACAUCUGACGAGGAUGACAUCUCGACAUACAUCGAUGCCAUGGAACUAGAUAUUGACGACAAGAGCUCAGGCUCAACACCUUUGUCCUCCGUGUCUUCCAACGGAUCUUACAAAGUCCCCCACGUCUUGAUCAGCCUUCAAUUGGAAGAGGACCAAUUAUUGGAUGCUAGGCAAUGCGCUCGGUGGCUUGACAAGUUCCCGCUGCUGGCAAAAUGGGUCAAAGUCGAUGCCGUUUUCCCAAGCUACUCUACCCUGAUGAUUAUGUCUGUUCCGAUGCCGAUAUGGGACAUGUUACCGGAUCACCCUGCUUGUUCUUUCAUUGGAUAUACCACUGGUCCGAAUAUUAAACGCACAGAAGUAACUUCAUCAAAUGAUUCCGCCAUACGGGCGACCUCAAAUCAAGGGGUUGGCGAAACUGCACGAGGCGAGCACCUAAGGUACGAAAUGUCGCUACGCAUUGGAAAGACAGAGAGUGUUGUCAAUAAAGAAGAGUUUCAGGAAUCAUCAAGCUGGAAAUCGGAAGAUAUGAAAGAUGAGCUACUGUCUGAUAAAAGCGACUUGCUUCCGAAGCAGAGCUAUGCUAUGAGCGACGUCUACUCUUCUGGUAGUGGAAAUGAUAACGAGGAAGCUCAGCACAAUAAAUGGAUGGACCCUUCCAUCUCACAUCCCUCGUAUCCAGAACGCCGGAGAUAUUCGAGCAGAAGAAACUUUAUAGAUAAGCAGCUAAAGAAGGUAGAGAAGAAACAUAGCGACCGUGUUCCUGAUCACAAGGCGGUCGUAACAAGUGAUCCCGAGCGAGUCAGAGUCCAUAGCGAUAUAACUACGCUGACGAAGGGCAAACAUAUUGGCCCAGAAGUCAGUCAAAGUAAGAGGAGCCAUCUUCCAAGGAAAAAUGGAUGUUCUAGAUGCCUAACGCGGCGAACGAUAUGUGAUGAGAUUAGGCCACAGUGCACUCCGUGUACACGAGCAGGGAGUCGAUGCGAGGGAUAUCCGUCAACCAUACCCAUCGCGAAUGCUCCUGUUGCUGUACAUCCACCAAAGAAGACCAUUGCCCCAGCGGGUCCUCUCGUUCCUGACAUCCUCGGCUCCUUGCAAUUUUCCUUUGAUUCGCAAGAACGUCAAUAUUUUCAGGGCUUCCAGGAUUUCAUGAAAAGAGAUUAUUUUGGAUUUUCCACUUCUCCAUUUUUUAUUCGCACCAUUCUCCAAGAAUGUCAUUCGGACAGUUCGAUGCGACCUGCUGUUCUGGCAAUGGGAGGUCUGUAUGAGACCUUCCACAAACAAAAUACUCUACAUAAUGAUUUUGCAUUUAAACAGCACAAGAGGGCUCUGGAAAAACUGCUAGAAAGUCUCGAAAACAAGGAUACACCAUCGAAUGGGAAUAUUCUCAUGUCAAUUGCUUUGUUCUUUUGCUUUCAGUCUGGCAUUGGAGACCCCAAAGCUGCCAUCUCACACCUCAAACGUGGCCUUCGUGUCAUUGCAGAUUCGCAGCAUGAUUUUGAGCUUGAUCUUGAUGAUGAGACUGUACGUUUGUUUGCAAGACUUUUCAUCCAGAUAAAGUCCUGCGACGAAGCUUUCAACUUCCCUGACGAAAUACAACUCUCUGUCGCUGAAUCCAUUACGCACCCGCUCUUUCCAAAACCAUACGUUGAUGAAGCCGUCUUGGAUGCUCUACCAAAACCUACAAGAUUCACCACUACAGAGGAUGCAAGACGUCAUCUGGAACACUUGCAAAUAUGUAGGAUAGAGCUCAGGGAUACUCUCACCUCGUCUCAUGUCAGGUCUAAGUCUCAGGUAUCGGUCCGCAUGAGCAAUUCCGCAAAUGCCCUCAAAGAACAACUUUUAGGAUGGUCACGGGCUUUUGACAAACUUUUAGAACUUCGCCGGGAGCCUGGAGUCUCAAGUAUCGAGAGGAUCAAGCGCGCUAUCCUCAAGAUGAACUAUCUCAGUAUCGCAGUUUUUCCCAGACUAUAUCCAAGAAGCGAGACAGAGUUUGAUACGUUCUACCUCGAGUUUCGUGAAAUAGUGAAGCUCGCUAAAGAAGUCUUGGUAGACGAAGAUGUGUCAUUUGGUCCUAGGAUGCCUGGCAUUGCUACAGAUCAUAGCUCACCGACUUCUUCCAAAAUUAGCACUGAACACUCAAAUCUCCUUCGUCAGACGUUGCGCGACGAGCAAUGCGACCCUAUAGGGACCCCUCAAUCAAGACUGCAACCGACACCUCCAGCCUCUUCGAGUUCUCAAAAUGUACGUGCCGACUCUAGAGCAACUUUCACAACUGCUAUUGGAAUCGUUCACCCUCUCUACGUGGUAGCAAUCAAAUGUCGAAACCGGAAACUCCGUCGUGAAGCUAUUCAAAUUUUGCUCUCUUCACCUCGACGCGAAGGCCUUUGGGAUAGUCUUUUAUGUGGGCAUGUAGCCCAGUGGGCGAUGGUUCUCGAGGAAGAAGAUCUUCCCUCUUGGAACCCGAGCGAGAGAGGAGACUCAGCGGUCAGCGGAAUGAUAGUAGCUGAUGAUAAAAGAGUUAUAAUAAGAGAGGUUUCGUUCAAUUUGCAGGAUAGGACAGCGUACUGUAGAUGUGGGAAGAGCGGUGCUGCUGAGGGAGACCCGGAUGAUAGGGUGAGAUUGGUGACACUCAAGUGGUGA